UGGUAAAGUCAAGGUUCGUUCAUAUUUUUAUGUUCUACCAAGGGUUGAGCAUGCCGUUUUAUUGGGCAGAGCCUUCUUGUGUCGAUCUGAAUCCAUCACCUUUAACAAGCAUGAUGGCACUAUGAUCGUGAUUUGUGUGACCCUGUAUGCCGCUACUAUGAGGUGAUGAAAUGUGAAAAUAUAAGGCCGACCAAUUCUAGGAACAGACUCGAUCCGGAUUCCUACUCUUUUUCAGAAUCGGAAAGGCUCGGAAGGGAGAAAGAGUCUCUUGGAGAAGAAAACGAUCCUCAAGAGCUCGUUGCGACGGACUCGUCUGUGGACCCUAAUUUGGUCCAGACAUUGACGGAGGUUGUGCCAGAGGAAGGUGGGACUGCAAGUCCAGACCCCGCUGGUGCUGUUGCUGCUGCUGCUGCGGCAAGUGGUGGUGCAGGGACUUCUGAAACUGUUGCAGCCCCGGGCCCGGACCCAGCAAUGGCUGGGCCAGGCGGCAGCUUCGCUUACAUCAACAGGAAGGCGGUGCAGAUUCCGUCCAAGUAUGACGGAAAGGACGACGUCGAGUCUUGGAUCAGCUCUAUGCGGUCCUACUUUGAUGUAUUGGGGACACCCCCGUCCACUCAGUGGUCUAUCCUGGGGACCAAUGUGGAGCCCGUCGUGCGGGGUUUCCUAGAAACCCAARCUGUCCAAUYAGGCUAUAAGAGAAUAGACYUGAACAAAUGGUUGAAGGCUACGCCUACUACCACACUUGAGGAUCUCUUGAUCAAGCAAUAUGYUGAUCCACAUGCUGCAGCUAAAACAAGACUCAAGCUUGACAAGCUCAAGCACAGCAAGUGGACYGGCACCAUGCACAGUCUGCAGCAGUACGUCAGUAAACUCUUUGCUACUCCGGAUCUGGAGAUGACGGUGCAGUCUUGCUUGGAUGUGAUAAAAGGUACGGUCCCCUCUWCUCUGAAAGAUCGCCUAGGGCUCGGGCUCAACGGAUAUACAGAUUGGCUUACCCUCAUGCGKGACUUAGUCAAGCUGGAGGCACAARACCUCCCGGGUGGAUCAAGUGGCAAAAAGGCCACUGGCCGCAAACGGUUUCCAGGCAGCAACCGUUUUGCAGCGCAUGAUCUGGUUGAGGCUGACGAGGAGACCCUCGUAGAAGAAUCUUCUCUUGAUGACGAUCAAGAGCAAGACUGCGGGGCAGCUUGCUCUUUGUCAGCCCAUGAGUCUGAGUGUAUAAAUGACGAUGAAUCCAUGAAUGCCUUUAAAAAGACUGCCUUCAAAAGUAAGGGACCGAGGACCACGAUGAAGAACAACAUUAACACUAUCCUUCUUCCCAAGGGAGCAAAGAUUCCACCAAAACCGAAAGGUCCUGCCACAAAACCAUGGCUAGAUCUCCGGAUUAGUGAAAAUCCCAAGCUUUCAUUCGUAGUAACUUCGGAUGCGAGUUUGUAUGGGAUUGAUGCAGUGCUGCAGCAAGAUGAUGGUGAUGGUUUACGUCCGCUGGAAUACUACAGCAAACGCAUGCCCAGCCACAAGGUAGUUGCCUCCACUUACAUGAGAGAGCUCUAUGCCUUGAGAGAGGCACUAGACCAUUGGAAAAACUACCUCUUGGGUCGCCAUUUCAAAGUGUUCUCGGAUCAUGAGACUUUGAAGUGGAUUCAGACACAGAUAAACCCAUCAACUACGCUGACCCGCUGGCUGCAUGAGAUUGAUGUGUAUAAUUUUGAACUAAAACACAAGAAAGGAUGCUAUAAUCGUGUUGCGGGUGCUUUGUCUUGCCACCCUGAGCACAUGACUUGCCUAGUGGGUUCCUACAAUCUUCGCAAAGACUUACAGAAGGAACUCAUUGAGCACACUGCCAAGGAUCCGGAACUCGGUCCCAUCCUUGAGCAGAUUCGGGCUGACCCUAGUAGUCAGCCUGAUUUCCAUGAAUGUAAGGGCCUUCUCUUCCGACGCUACAAUAAGCAUGACCGGUUGUGUGUACCCAACCAUGAGCCAAUCAUCACUCACUUCUUGGAUUUGGCUCAUGGCCGGAGUGGACACUUCGGUGUUGAGAAGACAUACGGGAWUCUGUUGGAAAGGUUUGUGUGGCCUGGAAUGAAAAGAAUGGCACAAAGGUUUGUGGCUGAGUGUGAAGUUUGUCARCGCAUUAAACCGUCUCGGCAGAAGCCCUAUGGCCUGCUGCACCCUCUUCCUAUCCCUGAUGGCCCAARUGAGUCUGUUUCCAUUGACUUCACGGACAUGGGGAAGAAGAGCAGAAACAGUUAUUCGCAAGUGAUGGUGAUCGUUGAUCGAUUUUCGAAAUUUCUAAAUCUGAUUCCCUUGCCACCUCASGCCCCAACUGACCUUGUGAUCGAUGAGUUCAACAAAAGGUACGUGCUACAUUAUGGCCCCCCRAAAACUCUCGUGAGUGAUUGGGACACCAGGUUCAUAAGCGCACACUGGAAAGAUUUCACAUCCCAGACCUGUGACAUGAAACUCAAGAUGACGUCUGGGCGACACCCCGAAGCCAAUGGACUGGCUGAGGAAAUCAACCAGACCGUGAUCCAGCUUCUUAGGGCUCUAAUUGUACCUGAUCAGAACUCUUGGGAUGAGGAGUUGCCGAUUGUGCAGGGGUUGYACAACAACUCCAUCCACUCCUCCACCAGGAUGACGCCUAACCGGUUGCAUCUUGGAUGGAAAAUCCGCAAUCCUCUAUCUUAUUUGUUUCCUGAUCAGCCACUUGGCCUAACACCUGGCCAGCCGGGCUACAGCGCCAAGUUCGAUCGCCUACUCAAAGUUGUUGUCGCAGCUAUGGAGAGGCGACGCAGUGCCAUGAUUAAACAUGCUAACAAGAAGCGCCAGCCUGCACCAUUCACAGUGGGAAGUUAUGUCUGGGUCAAAACGUCUGAGUUUUCUGAAGAGGAAGGUGUCUCACGAAAGCUUUUUCCUCAGUACUACGAUCCGUGGCAGGUCUUGAACCAGAGUUGCAAUACUGAAAUCAGAGGAAAGGUGGUGAGACUCAAAUCUAAAGCGGGGCUUGAUGUCGAGAAGUUAUCCCUUACAAGGAUUACACCACUCCUCGAUGCAGUCACAUAAUAUUCGAAGAUAUUAAGACAUGAGAAUUCUAGGUGUUUGUAAAAUUGCACAAUUGGAAUGGGUUAAAUUGCACAAUUGGAAUGGGUUACGAGACUCAGGUACAUGACUUAAGUAAAUGGUCCUCUCAUAU